AUGGAUGAGCUGCCAGUGGAUGCGCCCAGGCCGGGCGGAGAAGAGGUGGAGGUGCUGAUCGAGGCCAAGCCCGAAGCCGUAGCCGUGGCCGUUGGGCUGGUGCCAGGUGAAGAGGUGGAGGUGCCCAUCCAAGCGAAGAAGGACAAGAAGCCCAAGAAGGCGAAGAAGCCCAAGAAGGAGGCCAAGUCGCUCAGCAGCAGCGGCAGCAGCGUCGAGCUGCACGAGAUGAAGGAGACGAAGGAGGAGCACGACCACAAGGGAAAGGAGAAGGCGAAGGAGGCCGAAGAUGAACAUCACCAUCAUCACCAGCAGCAGCACGAAGAGCUCGAGAAGGAGGAGCUGCCCGAGACGAAGAGAAUGCGGCUCAAGGAGAAGGUUAGGUCACUCCACGGCAGCUCGCAGGCCAUGGGCGUCGCCAUCAAGAAGACCAUUCGCUUCACGGUGGCCAGUGCGAGCAUGUUCGGCGCAGAUGAUGAGAUCGAGGAGGAGUACUACACCGACUACGCCGUCUACCACACCAGUCCGCUGAUCUUCCACCGCAUUCGCACCCUCGCGGAGGUGACGCCGGAGGAGUACCUCGAAGCGUGGCUCGAUACGCCGCUCGACGACAGCAAACUGUUCCGAAAGGCGGCCAGCGGCAAGAGUGGGAGCCUGUUCCUCUUUUCGGCAAACAAGCGGUUCAUCAUCAAGACACUGCCCGCGAAGGAGGGCCGGACGCUCAUCCGCAUGCUCCCCGCCUACUAUCAGCAUCUCGUCGACAACCCGCAAUCGCUGCUGUGCCGGCUGUUGGGCUAUUAUGCGAUUGAAGUGGGCGGGCACACGCACUAUCUGGUGAUGCAGCGAAACAUAUUUUGGAACGCGCCGCUCUUUUCCGAGAUCUACGAUCUCAAGGGUUCGACGAGAGGGAGGAAGUCGACCGAACAGGAAAAGAGCAGGGGCGGUGAUAAAUGCGUGUUGAAGGAUCUGGACUUUAUCGAAGUGAAGCGCAGGAUAUCCCUGCCUCCACCGAUCAAAGAGAAAUUCCUUGCGGCGAUCAAGAGCGAUAGCGAGUUUUUGGUUCCGUCCAACUUGAUCGACUACAGCCUUCUCGUGGGUAUCCACAAGAAGGAGCAGAACGAAGAGGGCCACACGGACGGCAGUCACGACGACAAGACAAAGAAGAAGCACAAGAAGCACAAGAAGAAGAAGGAGAAGAAGCACAGCCACCACCAUCACGAGAAAGACAAGAAGAAGGACGAUGCCGAUAUCUUCCUAUGGAGGGGCGGUGUCGAAUCGGCGGACGGGAGCGAGGUGUACUACAUGGGCAUCAUCGACUUCCUUUCCCCCUACGCCACCAAGAAGAAGAUGGCCCACCUGUUCAAGCGAGGCGUGCUACUCAACGAAGCGGCAACGUUGUCGCUGGUGCCGGCUGACUUCUACGCUUCCCGCUUCCAACUCUUCCUCACGAGCGGUGUGGAGUGA